AUGCUGACACCGAGCUUUAAGCUGUCGCAAGAUGAUAACCACGUGUUUAUCGUUGUGCAUGCACCAUAUACAAACAUUGGAGAGACUGAUAUCGAUGUUGACGGAGAGAAUUUAUUAUUUGUGUCCAGUCCCUAUUUUCUCAGACUUCGACUACCUGGUCGUAUUCUAGAAAACGAAGAAUCUAAAGGUUCAUAUAUAUGCGAUUCUGGUGAUUUUAAUCUUACUUUCGAUAAGGAAAAUCCGGGAGAACAUUUUGAAAAUUUAGAUAUGAUUACGAGUCUACUAGCCCCAAGAGACAUACCGAAUUUGAAUCCUAAUCUAGUGGAAAUAUUAGAAGAGGAUGGAAUUACAAUUGAACAUGAAGAACAAGAUCAAGAAACAAGUAAUCAGUAUGGAUAUGGGUUUGCAUGUAAAAUUACAACUAAAUUUCAUAACAUAGGCAGUGAGUUUCCUCAAAUUUUUGCUCUAAAAGUUCCAGAAGAAGUUAGUAUUCAAGACAGACAUGAGUUACGGAAAAAGUAUGAAAGCCUUAAAUUUUCGUCUGAUCAUUAUUUAGCUGACUUUUAUGAUGAUGAACUUAUCAAUCCAUAUUUGACUUUUAAAAUGCAGUGGGAUCAAAAUGGCUUUGAUGACAAUGCUGCUUUUACAGAAGAUCAGAUUAGUCUGCUAAAAGAACUCGCCAAUAAGCAUUAUAUUUUAACUAAAAGUGAACAUAAACAAGUAUUUUUAAGUUUAGUUGACAUUUUGUAUGGAUAUUGCUAUGACAAAAGAACAACAUUAAAUGAAAGCACAGUUGAAUCUAGUUGGACAAUAAACAAAAUAUCUUCUACUUUGAGUUGGUUUUGUGUAUUCAGUGAUAUGAAAGAUGUAUUAGUAUCCUGUUAUAGAAGAGCUCUAAUUUUUCCAAUAUUCAGAAACUUUGAACUAUGUCACAAAGUCAAAAGUGAUGUGGUUUCACUUUUAAAAAAGAAUAAAAAAUGUGUUAUAAAAUGCUUUAUUGAUAUACACAGUAUGUUUAAUACAAGUAAUGAUGCUAGGUAUAUCCUUAAUCAGUUGUACAUUAAUGACUAUUUAAUAUUUCUACAAAAGUGUAGAUCUGAAGAACUAAUAGAACUGUGUCAUAAUUUAGCCAAUAUUGAAAUAAGUAAAGCAGAUUUGUCAUUAGAAUUAGAUGAAUUAGAGGAAGCUGCAAAAAUGGUAUGUCAAGAGGAAUCACAAGUCACAGAGAAUGAAAUGGCUUUAAAAAUGGCCUCAAUGUCUCUAUUACCUAAAUCAAAGGGAAACGCAGUAUUUUAUAGCGAUAGUUCAUCAUCUAGUAGCAAUUCCUCAGAUUCGUCAGAUCUUGAUUCUGAUGAUGAUUCAUCUUCCAGUAGUGAUCCAUCAGAAUUAUUGUCAAUACAAGAUAAAUUUGUGAUAAGGACUGAUUAG